GUUAAAAAAACGUAUUUCAAAAAGACGAAACUAAGGAGAAAUCUUUUUUAUUCGAGGCAUUAAUCACAAAGCAUUUGGGGAAAUCGACUUGGCACUACCUCUACAAAGAGUUUACCAUAAGAGAAAGGAAAGUAUGAAUAAAUCAUGUCGAUGAGACACAUAUAUGGAAGAUAAAAUUUGUCAGACUUCGAUGAUCAAUUAGAAUAUAUUCCCUCAUUAAAGGACAUGUUAAAAUGAUAUCCAUCGAUUUGUCAAAUAGAGAGAGACAAGAAUAAAAGGGGCAUUUCAUUGUUGUAUAGGAAAGAGGAUCAUAAAUCAUUAAGAAUACAACACUUUUUGGGGGACAAGAGGAAGUGCAGAAUUGACUGAGAAUUUAUAAACAUGAGUGUAGUUCAAUACUACGGACGACCAGGUCCGGGUGUGUCUGCCACAUAUCGGAUGAAUUACGCCGUUAAUUCGUAUUUUCCAUCGCGGAAACCGCGACCAAGCAGCUUAAAAGGAAAUAAAACACUUAAAAAGGAUAUUAAAGAAACAAUACAGCACGCAACUCUCAUUAAUAUCGUCGCUGCAGUAAAUGAAAAUUUGCACAGAUAUACUGCCCCGCGUCAAGCAUCCGGUGCAACUGCACGUAGUACCAUUACUGUUAUUCCAAAUGUAAUGAUUCCGCAUGAAAAGACAGUUUCAAUCCCGCAAGCAAAACAGAGGAUAUUUAACAUGCCAGACGAGAUAGUUCAAAGAAAGCCAGUGUAUUACAAACAUUCGGCUGAUCUUGAAGUAAGAACAAAUUCGCAUAUACGGUUUUACGACGAACCUGUUUCGUUUGAUCUGAAAGGACAAAGGAAAGGAGUUGUCAAAAAAAGGGUGUCGUCUGCAAAAGAAUUUAUCAAAAGUCUUCCAAAUAAACCAAGGACACUUGACAUUAACUUUCAAGAUCAUCUGAAAAACAAAAGAUCUGAAAAUAAACAUAUUCAAGUUCAAAAUGAAUAUAAAUUGCGAAUAGCCUCAAGCGUUCGUCGCCUCGGCUGUGUCAAGAAAUCAGCACCUCGUGAAGUUUAUGACCUUCCUAAAUGCGAUGCCAUAGACAUACAAGAUACAAAGACGGGUGCAAAUGACGAAGAAAGGUCAGUUUUUGAUGACUCGAAGAGCGCAAUUCCACCAUUCACUCAAACAAAAAUACCAUAUAUUCGAACAAAGUCCUUGCCUGUGUUGUUCCCAACAAAGACGAGUAAUAGUUUAUCAGCAACUGCAACUUCCUCGCUUCAAAAGCAGCCAUUAAUUUUCAAAGACCGACCAUUAUCACAAAGUUUGCGCAAGCAAACCCCGGAUUCCAUGUAUACAAGAAUAAACCAUUUACCUGGUGGAUUCGGAUAUGGAGGAAUGACAAUUAACAAUGGUAUCAAUCAAGCACCUGAUGUCUCUGGAAAAUUAAUUCAUGAUUCAGAAAAACAGCCUCAUACGAAAGGAUCGGCAUCAAGUAAUGCUCGACUGAGACUAACUCGGACAUUAAGAUCGCCGUCUUCUCCAACAAUAGGUAGAAGAAAUGGAAAUGUGUUUACGCCUAUUCAAAGCGAAUUUCAUAGUAAACAGACAAAUGUAAGAUCAUAUACAAGUAAACACGACUUACAUGAGGCAGUUCGCUCAGCAAUUAAUGGUCAAGUUGAAAGAACUAAAUCUUGUGAAGCUAGAGACGAUUCCAAAAGGAUACUUACGUCUGCAAGGAGUAGAAAAAGCUGUUUAACCAGCAAAUCUGGUAUAAGUGACACACUAAGUGGAAAUCAAGCGACAAAGAAAGUUCAGUUUUUAAGCAGUGACUCAUCUCUGGAUAAUUCUGACACAAACAGUGUAAAAGAUGAGCAAAGUGAAUAUUUCGACGUACGUGGAGGUUCAAGUGUUCUACAAGCUCCAACUCCAACUUCUGUUCUAAGGUCAUUCUCGCCCGCAAUUCAGCCAAUGUCUGCCAGGGAACUUCUGCGUUUGGAGCAAAAAAUUCUACCUGCCAAUACUCGUCCACCACCAGCAGACAACCUUCAGGAUUAUUACGCAACAAAAACUUUAUUAAGUGUGCAUACCUUACUACGUAAUGACAGUGAUAUUUCAGAAAAGCCAUUUGUCUGUGCUGAUAACAAUACAGACAAUAAGAUUGGUGUAGACAUCGAUAAAGAUUUAAAGCACAACGUCAAAGAGACACAUGAUCAUGAUAAUGAUAUUGAUAAUGAUCAAUAUACAAGUGAAGAUGAUAGCGAAUUUCGUGUAUUCACUGACUCCAAUGAUAUGGAAGGGGAGGAAAAUGAGAACGACACAGAAGGGUUUUAUAAACUUGUUAAAGCAUUUGAUAAACAACCUUAUGAAGGUUUUGAACAUAAAAAGAUCCGUCGGGCGUCAGCUGGUUCAAAAUCGAAAGACAUAGAAACAGAUAACCAAAAAGCUCAUUAUGUUAAAGUGAGAUUAUGUUAAUUUUGUUUUACGCUAGGGGCCUGACAAAAAAUAGCGCAAGAGUUGGAACUAGUUUCGCAAUGUUUAUGCCGCGAAACAGACUUUUACUACACAAUGAUAAAAAGUGAUGGAAUAAACAGUUUAAGCGUAUUAAUGAUUAUUUUCCCGUUAUAUGUGUAUAGGCGAAAAAGGUAUGACUUUUAAAUAUAAAUGAGAAUAAAUAACUUUAACGGUGUUGAUAGCAAUCUUUGUUAGAUAUGUGCCAUAAGCAUUAUUUCUUUGUGUAUCCUGCGAUAGAUAUUUAAUACGUAUGAAGUUCAGUCAUUUCUGAAUAUGCAAAUUCAAUAUCUGAUCUAUCAAAAUGGUUGCAUGAUCGAUAGCUUUGUAUGAUGUGAGUCAAUUUCUAAAGUUUAUAUCCAGGAGAGAAUUUGGAAUAGGACUGCCUACUGUAUUUUUAAAUCAAAAUCUUUUAAAAUAACAAUGGUAAUUCUAAAUCUGAAGCAGGCAAAGUCAAUGAAAGGCGUAACUUAUGUAAAAAGAGCGUUCCCCAUAGGACACUUUGUAAUUACGUGUGGAUUGUUAAUAUCAAAUACUAUCAAAAGCAUUGGGCAAGUAAAUCCACGGUGGUUUUGAUUUGCAGAGAUAAAAUGUUUAAUAUAUUUCCAUUGAAACGUAUAAACCUUUUAACUACAUGUACAUGGAGUAUCCUAUUACUGAAGGGCACUUUAUCAAUACCCGUGUUUUAGUUAAACCUUUGACACUAUCUCAAGACUGGUAUUAUAACGUUUGCAUGUACUAAGUAUAUCAUAUUACGUUAUUUAAAACACUUAAAAGGCAGCAUGACAAUAAUAUUAAUUUUCACAUGUGUUUUAUUUGCUGUCAACUAUAAACAAUCAAAUUUAGUAAACAAAGUGAAUACAAUUUUAACACUACA